CUACGUUUCUUUGGGAGCAGUGUGGUGGCUCAGCUAGGUGUGCGUGGAGAUGUUUUGCCGAUGGCUCCUACUCGUACUCAGCAUCUUCCACCGCGUACCGGGCGUUCUUCAUGCAUGGGAUGGGACGAUCCUCUCAGUUGCUGCAGGGAGCAGGGGGCGGCCAAAUAGUUGUGGGAAACUAAAGGCAUGAAUCUCGCCAAGGGGCUUGGCUUUGCGAUCUUCCAGUUCCAGUUUCAGUAGGGAGGAGGAGGAGGAAGAAGAAGAGCAGGAGGAGGACGUGAGGGGCCUUUUGUUGUUUCGCAUUAAUGCCGAGUAAAGAGAAGCAUUGACCUCUCCCCUAUUCCUUGAUACACAGUGGCACCCCUUCCCCUAUAAAACUCGGUUCCUAGCCGCUCAACCGAACGCAUCAAGGCUCACCUCCUUCCCUCUGUUCCCGUCUCCCCCGGCCUCUCUCGGCAAGUCGGCAUCCGUCCUCGAUCCACGCUCAGCUCGCCUAAGGACUAAGUGUCUGUGACGCUUUGACGUAGCCAUCAGCGUUCAGCGAUGAGCCGGGGCAGCAGCAACGGCGGCGUGAGGAGCGCCGCCAGGCUGGAGGAGCUGCAGCUGGACCUGUCCCCGCCGCCGGUGGGGAUGGAGGUGGACGGCGCCGGGGGCGUCCACGGCGACAGCGACUCGUCGUCGUCGUCGCCGCCGAGCUCGUGCGUGUCGUCGGACGGGCGGAGCUCGAGCGGCGGCGGCGGCAGCAGCCCCGGGGGCAGUAAGUCGCCGAUGGUGAUCGGCGCCUGCACGCGGUGCCUCAUGUACUGCAUGGUGGCCAAGAAGGACUACCCGACCUGCGUCAACUGCAAGCAGCCGUGCCUGGUGGACCUGCUCCACGGCGAGGCCGGCCGUGUUGGUGGCGGCGCCAGGCAGGCCGCCGCCGCCGCCGCCGCUGACGACGACGACGACAAGAAGAAGCAGGUGCACCGCCGUAAGCGCAGGUGAAGUGAGGCCGCCGUAAGAAGCUGGUGGUGGUGCCCGUGCCCGCGCCGCGCGCCCAGUGGAUGCUCAUACGGAGGGUCAGCUAAGCUAGCUUGCUAGCUAGCCCGGCGAAGGGCGAACUGACUGACUGCCGUUGGAUCAUCCACUGGACAGCUAGCCCGCAGGGUGUUAGGAUCGGAGGAGCUAAAGCUAGCUAGUAGUACGUGGAGCAGCAGCUUAAUUAGUUCACUCGAUGGAUGCUGCUGUUGGAGUAGGUGGUUGUUGACUUGUUGUCAAUUGUCAUGGUGAGCGUGGGGGGAGUGGGGUUAUGUGUGGUGGACUGGAGACUUGUGGUUGUGGACCGUGGUGGUGUCUCCGGACUCCGGUUGUAAUAUAUAUCCCCCAUUCUGUUCCAGCUGAAGAGAACGUUUGCAAGCUAAUGGAAUUAUUAACUAUUUAAUCA